AUGGCUCCCAAGGCAACUUACUUCAGUGCCGCCGACGAUGCUCUCCUCAUCGACCUCAAGGAGACCAAGAAGCUCUCCUGGAAGGACAUCAAGUCUCACUUCCCCAAACGCACCAAGGGCACCCUGCAGGUCAGGUACUGCCGCACCCUCCAGCAUGAUCGCAAGGAACGCAUGGCCGCGUUCGCCCAUGCGAAGAAGCCGGACGUUACCAAUGGAACCGCCCAGAUGAAGGCGGCUUACCGCGUUACUAAGACCGUCUCUCCACCGACCAACCGCGACCACCUCAAGCGUGCUGUCAAGAACAAGAUCAAGUUCGACCAGUUGCUGUCUGACGCCGAUACCGUUACCGACGCUGGCGCUACCGAGGAGAAGGCCGCCAAGGUCGACGAGGUCGACGAGGUUCACGACGCUGAGGCCACUGGCUUCAAGAUCAUCGACACUCCCGCUGAAACCGACAACGCUGAGAAGAAGGUAACUGUCACUGAAGCUACCACACCAAAGAAGAUCACCGACAAGAACGGCAACACCGGAGUCAUCACCCGCAGCGCCGGCGCCUCCAAGGCAGUCGUCACAUCCAAGACCCCUGCCGUCCUCCAACCGAAAGUCACUCAAUCCAAGGUCACUAAGAAGACCACCACCAAGUCGAAAGUCACCAAGAAGAAGACCACCAAAGCGAAGGCCAGCAAAGCGAAGAGCACUCCAGCCACCAAGGCCACCGUCACUCCUACCAAAGCAACCAAAGCUACCAACUCAUCCAUCCCCUCGAACACUCCCCUCACCGACGCAGCUCUCAUGCAGCUUCUCGAGCCGCCCGCUCACCACACCGCGGCGGACCCCCUCCUUGUGACGCCCCGCAUGGGCAAAACAUUGCGCGACCGGUUGACGAAGGCGGAGCGCCUCGCCAACGCAGCUGGCAACGCAGUAUUCAGUCCCGAUGGCACUGUAUCUCAUCCCAGGAAGGACGAAGCGCGUCGGGUCGCCGAGGCCGCGAGGAAGGCGCUGGUCGCGAGUGCGCAGAAGGCUGCGACUGGGAACGGUGGGAAUGCCGGUAAGUUCAGCAACUGGAUCCCCCACCCGCCCCUCAACGCCUCCGCCCACCCCUCCGGCGCCGACAUCCCCUACCAAUUCACCAACCCCGCGCCCUACCAGCUGAUCGAGUACAACACGGUCAGCGCCUCAUUCCGCGUGCGUCGCCGCCUGCACUCGGAGUACGACACGCCGAUGAAUGCGCUGCGGGGCUUGGUCAACUUUGCGGUGGCCAGCGACGCCAGGGUCGCGCCUGUUGCGCGCAUGCUCUCGCCUGCCCAGGAGGCAGUUGUCAGGACGACGGUGGUGGUGGCCGAACGGCCGAGUCCGAUCCCGGAGCCGUUGACGCCGUUCCUGGCUGAGGGCGCUGGGGGGGAGGCGCGUGAGUAG